CAAUUUUAUAUAAUAUUAUUUUAGUAUGAUGAUGUUAAUUUUUAAAACCACAAAAUAAAUACACUUAAACCAUGAGUCGUUCGUACAAGAUAUUCGACUACCCAAUCUUUGCGUUAUCUCACGCCGAUGGCUACUUGGUGACUUCGGGAGGCGGAGGCGGUGAAAAUUACGGGAUUUCCAACAAGCUUGAAAUAUACUCCUUCGGCCCGAAAUUCAGGCCCGGUGAACUACAAUUGAAAGUCACCACCAGCGAGCAACGCGGCAUAAUAGAUUCUCUUGAUUACCACCAUAAGCAUAAAAUUUGGAUCGGCUCCAUCGAUGAUUCCACAAUAAUAUUCUCAUAUAAACCAAAUUUCGGAAUGAGAAUAUUCGGAAAAUUCAAAACGGACUAUAUUAGAAAUGAUCCAAAACAGAAUAUUUGUAAAUUUGGUUAUGACAGUAACUACUUUGUAACUGGCGGAAAUGAGUCAUGCGUAAGGGUUUGGAGGUUAACUGAAAGCUUAAUAAGAAGCGUAAACAAGUUUCAAAACCAGUAUAAGAUCCAAGGAACCAAUAACAAGUUUAAGAAUGUAAAUUUAAGGAAGUUUAAGUUGAAUGAAGACGCCUCACUAUCGGAUGAUGAUAACGUACCAUCUGACGCCACUUUGUCAGAUGGAAAUCUAUCAGUUACAGAAAAUGAUACAUUUAAAACGAACAAUGUAAUUGAAAGUAAAAGCAGCAGUGAAGUUAGUAACUCACUGUCAAACAUUGAUGACACUUCUCCAUCCCCUUCAUCCUCGCCCUCCUUAUCGUCAGUAAACCUCGUUAAUAAUAAAAAGAACAACUUCAUAGACAUAGGUGAAGUUAACGCUAACAAUAUCGGCAAGUCAUCUCCAUUUUCCAGGAACAAAAAUACUAAAAAUUCUACUGACAGCUUAAAUAUUUCUAUCGGAACCAACUCUACUGACUACAAGGUGCAGGAAAAUGAUAAAUUGAACAUUUUGAGGGAAGACUCAUUUGAUUUCAUUAAAACAGGAAGUAACAGAAUGUGUAAACUAAUAUUAGAGUAUCGAGAACAUAUAAAAAGUAUAAACGACUGUAGCAUAUUUAACGAGUUGCUGGUGUCAGUGUGCGACGAUUACAUGGUGUUUUACAAGAUACUGCCAAACUCAAAGCUGCUGUUGAAACAUAAGCUAGACUCGGUCAGGUUCAAGUUUGUUCAAAUUUUGCCAAGAGUCACUGCUGAGAAGGUUUACAGCAUUCUAUCAGUCCAGUACAGCAACGACUACACUGUUUUAUGUUUAUGGAAUUUUAAUCUUUUGAAUAAAAAGUUAAAUUUGGCUAAAUCCACCAACAUUUCGAAAUCAAAGUCAUCCUCGCUGACAAUGAAUUUCGAACACGAUGAAGUGGCUCUGGGAUUUGGGGACGGAACCGUCUCUGUAUACUCAAUAAACAAGUUUAAACUGAUUAAGACGUUCAAUAAGCAUAAGAUGCCCAUUACAGACUUGGAAUUUGUAAGUAACAAAAAGCUUCUAACUAGUGGAAUCGACUACUACCUCUACUUCAACAGCAUUAAAAACACGCAAUUUAUCAUCUCAGUAAUACUAAUAUUACUAUUAGCAGUUGCAAUAAUUAAUUUUUUAUACUAAGUAUAAA